CUCAGUUCCUUCUCGAUCAGCUAGACCCUGCGCCAUUUGUUCAGAAGCUUUUCUUUUCAAAUCAAUCUUUCCGUUUUCAGAGAUGUCUCUUGAAAGUGAUUGGCUGAGCAGUAGACUGAAGCUGUGUCAUUUAACCAGCUCCUCAAAUGAAGAUCAGAGGGCUCCAGAAGAUGGACAGAAUUCAGGAGCUGUGCAUCUUACCACACAACCAGGUGCGACUCCCACCUACGACAGAACAGCUGUUCUCAACACACUCAAUGCAUAUACAGAAGGAUUGAGCCAGGCUCUAGGCAUGGCUUCUGGGGAGCAGGGAGUGGAGACUAAUAACAUUCCUCAGCAUUGCACAGAACCUGGGCACAGUUUAAUUUCCAGCUAUGCAGACUACAUGACGAGUGAUAUUAUGAGUGUCCUUAAAAGGCAAUUGGAACCAACUGUGAGCAGGAAUGCUGCAUUAGAGUUGAGUCAACCCCUACCUGACUGCCAGUCUGCAUCCAUUGGUGGAACAGCUGUCAUGCACAAAGAAGAUGAUUUGCAUGUGUCUCCAAUGGAAUUAGAUGCAGGCACUAGUCCCAGCAUUGAUUAUAAUGGCUUCCUGGGUUUGGCUACUAAGCUUUCCUCUAUUAUUAUUCAGAAAUCACAUGAAGAGAUUAAUAAGGGGCUAACUGUGAGCCAAGACUCUUCCUCCCAGUGCACCAAUAGCACCUUAUCAGAAGAGAGGAAGAUUAGGCGUACUCGGUCUGUUGCGGAGGAAUUUGCAUCAAAACUGACAAAGGAACUGGACUCUAUAUGCAUUGAGGAAUUAAGAGACACAAUAAUGACAUUGACCUCGAGGGCUCUGUUGGAAAUGGAUGGAAGUACAAUGGACCAUGAAUCAUGUACCAGUGGGAGGUUCUCUGAAGAAGCUGGACAUAUAAACCUAGUCAGAUCCCCAGACACACCAAUGCCUUGCUGCACCAAGAACUGCUGCGGGAGAGAUCAGCAUUAUCACUUUCCCAGCCCAGUGGUCUACGAUCUCCCCUUAAGUGAGGUGGAAAAUCAGUACCAGUUUUUCAAUUCAUUUUUGAGAGAGUAUGGGACAGGGGGCUCCAUCACAACAAGACAACACCAAGAGCCAUCCUGUUUUUCAGCUCCAGCAAAAUCUGUGUUCUUCAAAAAGAGUUCGAUGGACUAUCCUGAUGCUCCUCCGCCCACCCCCCUCGUGCCAGAGAAAGGUAAGAGCCGGAGCAGCUUCUCCAGGAAACUGAAAGGUGGCCUCGCCAAGGAGUUCCUCCCAUCUCCUCCUCCACCAACCCCCAAGGAAGACUCUACUAGUUCUCCCAGGAAAGAGCAAGACACUAGGGAUAAGGCAGAGUUCAUGGCCAAACUCAUGAGGUCGCUCUCUCUGGAGUAUUCAGAAAGAGAAAGGGAAGCAGAGCAAAGUAUUGGUCAGGCCAAGGAGGAUGGAAGGUCUCGGAGGCAUUCAAAGGAGAAUCAAGUAUUUCAACAGAUUUCAGUCUAUGCUAACCAGUUAGCUUUAACUAUAAUGAGCUGGAGCGCAAAUGAAAAUUUUUUAAAAGGCCCGAAUGUGGAGACUGGGAACAGCUGUGUGGACAGCACUUCAACAGAAAGUGAUCUAGUAAGUAUCCAGGAGCAGAUGCAGAGUGUGGCUCCCAUAAGAAUGACUCACAGCCCACUCAGCCCUGUGUCUGUCUAUGCAGAGAGGAUGAGUCAAGAAAUAAGAGACGAGGUUCUGGCAAUUCAAAAAGAAAUGUUGCCGGAAAUCAAAGUCCCCUGUAAAGCCAAGGCAGCAUCAACUAACGGGAUCCAGCCACACUGUGAAGCGAAUCUCAACCACAUGGCAGAAAGGCUUGCUGAAGAACUCAUUCAGGCCUCGUUUCAGAUGCUUGUGACGCCCACAAAGGCUGGUUGGUGUCGGGUAUCAGGGCAGGCAGAGGUGGGAGAACAGCUGUCCAGAACUGUCCCACAUCCAGACCGACAUGUGAUGUUCAGCCAGGAGUCGGUUGUUUUUGACGGGGACUAUAAAGAAAUGCCAGACUCAUCAAUGGAGAAUGUAUCAACUAACCCACCUGCAUCAGAUAAAUGCUGUGUGCCAUCCACUUGGGAGACCAAUAUUAACUUUGGUGCUUUCCAAAAUGCAGACCUGGCCCAAUUUGCAGGGUUAUUGAUUAAAGAUGUCCUGCAGAAAGCUGUCAAACACCUCAAGGAAACAUCUUUUGAUAAUGUAAAAGAUCAGUGCCCAUUUGGACCAAACAUGGUAGAGGAAAUAGCAGAGAAGCCGAGCAGAAAGAUCUUGGCCUGUACCGUUCCUUCAGUAGUGAAGCAAGAACACCACCAACUCCAUAGGAAGCUCUAUGAAAGAGAGGGCGUAUCUGCAGUUACCAUUCCCCAGCAAUCUGGAAGGAGAUUCAAUGGAGGUUGUAUACAGUCACAACAGCCAAAAGUGACUGACUUCGAAAUGAUGAAUUGGCAUGGGUCCUAUGCCGAGGAUUUAGCUAAAGCUGUGCUGAAAACUUCAUUAGAUGAAGCUGGCAAACACUGCAGUGAUCUUUUUAAUAGUCCUAUUUUAAAGCAUGCCACUGGUACAAAAAACCCCACAACCUUCAAGUUAACCCAUGUGAACUCAGGAGAAGAAAGUGGAUUCCCAAAUAGAGGGGCCUUGAAGGCAUACCAGCACACUGACCCUGAAGGAGUCUUUUCUGCAUCCGGGAAGCCAGGCCUCAGGCCUGUGGUGGCACAGCUGGAUGCUCACUGUGACAUUACCACACAGCAGCUGCAGGGAGUGCUCCAAUGGGCAGUAGCCUCUCAGUUAAACAUACCUGUACUCCAGUGUAGGACCCCAGCAGAGGAUCUUAGAACACAGUUUUCCGGCCUGGCGCGGAGGGCGGUGGAGCGGGGCUGGAUGGUGGGGGACCUGGUGAUGGCUCUGUUUCUCUACUGUGACCUGACAGAGCAAGCCGUAGCCAGGAGGCACAGUACACAGAGCUCUCUCCUGGACUGGCUGUGGGACUGCAUGGAUCUCCUUCACAGACACUUCCCUUAGGAACAGUUCUCCACCCUGAACCAGUCCCGGUUUUCUUUCAACCAGUUCCUAUAAAAAGAGUGGUUUUAUUGUCAUUUGGCCAUUUUGAAAUGCUCCUGUGGAAAUAAAACAUUCUAAAGGGAUUUUAAAGGAUGCCAGAAGGCGUUUUGUUCCACUGUGAAAAUGCAGCAUUGUAGGUUUUAAUAAUGAUCUCAAAGUUUAAUCCAAAAUGUCUCAGCAUGAUUUUUACAUGUACUAAUAAACACACCCAAUAAAGUUACCAAAUCUGAAAUAAGCAGCUCAGGUGUUUAAUUUAGGGCAUUGUAUUUGCGGUCUGAAGAUGAUUCCUAUUGCUUUUAGAAUUGUAAAUCGUUCUUUGUUCCUUUUUAUCUGAUGACGUGUGGAGUAAUCAACGAAAACAUUAUUUUGAUACAGUGUCAUUCAUGGGAAGACCUUUCAAAGCAUUUCACAAUCAAAUACAGUAAAAACACCUGUCAAACAUGACCAAGCAAUAAAAGAAUACAAGUAAAAUGAAAAAAAUAAAUACAUUAAAAAAAAUAAAAACAUCAAAUGUAAUCACAGUCCGAAGGCUUGAGAGAACAAAUAGGCCUGACACUUCAGCAGGGAAUCAACAUUUCCGAUGGUCCUUGGCAAAGUAAAUAGCUUUGUUAAUCUAGCCCAUAUUAAGCACUGCAAUGCAAAGACGCUGGAACUAGGGGUGCUGGGGGAGCGGCAGCCCCCCCUUUGGCUUUGCAUGGCUUCCAUCAUAUACAGGGGUUACAGUUUUGUUCAAUGACUUUCAGCAUCCCCACUUUUGUUCCAGUGCCACUGCUGCAAUGAUAUUUCGCCUCAAGGCACCUUAUCAUCAUAAUAAAGUUUUGUUAUAGGAAUUAUUUUUCUUUCAGCAGUUUUUAUAAUCACCAAUGUAAUUUAUAGCUUAGUACAUAUUAUAAAGGAAUCUAUUUAGCUAAUGAUUUCAAAUCUCAUAGGUGGUCUGCGAAUCUUAAUAUACUGGGUAUACAUUUUCAGACAGAAUUCCCUUAAACAAAAAUCCUGGAUCAGGGUUGAGAAGAACAAUUUUAUAUAAUCUGAAGCUGCAACUUGGAAUAGCUAAUCUUAUGAACUGAUGAACUAAUUCUGGCCUAGGUUUC